AUGAAGAACAUGGACAACGGUAAAUUGAAAUACAUGUACUUGAACCCCGAAAAAGACACCGUGUUCGCCCAGUACCAUUUCAACCAGAUCGAAACCGUCGGAUCAUACAACUCUGACGUUUUCGGCGCCCGUUCGGGUUACUACACAAUAGUCAUGAACAACGUGAACAGCAACUUGUCGACCGGAUUCUACAACGACAAUCACUCCGUGGUCAGGUCAGCGAGAUUCCAAAACGCCGACGCUAACGUCAAGACCCAAGACGGUUCCGAGACCCAAGCGUUCAACCCAGCUCUGCAAAGAUUUUUGGGAGUGUUAGCCCACGCUGUGUCCAACGAAGUGAAGAGGUCAGCCAGAAAUAAUGCGCUCGCCCAGAUCAAAAACGAAAUCAUCAAGCCAAUCGUUCUCCAGAACACAGAAAACAACAAGUUAUUCGACUUGAUGUGGCAGGAAGGCAACGUCGCCAUCGAAAUGUCCAACAUCGAAUUCCAAAACUCACAACUGGCCUCUGCCACUGAACAACUAUUGAAGUCGAUGACUUUCCAAAGGAAAUCGCAAGACUCUUACACAAUGGUUUACGACUUCGCCCUUAACAAACUCGCAUGGACUUCCACUCUGAACGUCGUGUCAGCCGGUAAGACAGUAAACACACCUCGUACAAAGUUCGACGUUGAGAAAAUCUACAUCCGAGUCUACCUUACCAAGUGGUCCUUCGAUCAACAACAGUCAUGCGACAGCAUCUCCACCAACAUCAAUGUACAAGGUCUAAACUACAACUUGGACAACAAUCUCCGUCCCGAAGUCGUGUCCGCAAUCGAUAACAAUCUAGAACGUUUCAUCCAACACUCUUUGGAAUCCAACAUCCAAACAUACUUGAAACAGAUGGUUUGCAACAAUAAUUACAACAAAUAUUAA